CGCGGCCCCGCCGGGAGCUGCCCCGAAACCCAGGAAGCCCGCGGCCGGCCCUCGCCAUGGAGACGGUCACUUCUGAUGGCUCUCCAGCUCUAGAAAAUGAACCUUCUCAAGACACUCCAGAAUCCAACAAUACUGUGUAUACUUCCUUCAUGAAGUCUCAUCGUUGCUAUGACCUGAUUCCCACAAGCUCCAAAUUGGUUGUAUUUGAUACUUCUCUGCAGGUGAAAAAAGCAUUUUUUGCUUUGGUAACUAAUGGUGUACGAGCUGCCCCUUUGUGGGACAGUAAGAAGCAAAGUUUUGUGGGCAUGUUGACAAUCACCGAUUUCAUCAAUAUCCUGCACCGAUACUAUAAAUCAGCUUUGGUGCAGAUAUAUGAGCUGGAAGAACAUAAGAUAGAAACUUGGAGAGAGGUGUACCUACAGGAUUCCUUUAAGCCACUUGUCUGCAUUUCUCCUAAUGCCAGCUUAUUUGAUGCUGUCUCUUCACUAAUUCAAAACAAGAUCCACAGGCUGCCAGUUAUUGAUCCAGAAUCAGGCAAUACCCUGUACAUCCUUACUCACAAGCGCAUUCUCAAGUUCCUCAAGUUGUUUAUCACUGAGUUUCCCAAGCCAGAAUUCAUGUCUAAGUCUCUAGAAGAGCUCCAGAUUGGCACCUACGCCAACAUUGCGAUGGUCCGCACUAGCACCCCUGUCUAUGUGGCUCUGGGCAUCUUCGUACAGCACCGGGUCUCAGCCCUGCCAGUGGUGGAUGAGAAAGGGCGUGUGGUGGAUAUCUACUCCAAAUUUGAUGUCAUUAAUCUGGCAGCAGAAAAAACAUACAACAACCUUGAUGUGUCUGUGACCAAAGCCUUGCAACAUCGAUCACAUUAUUUUGAGGGUGUUCUUAAGUGCUAUCUGCAUGAGACUCUGGAGACCAUCAUCAACAGGCUGGUCGAAGCAGAGGUUCAUCGACUAGUGGUCGUGGAUGAGAAUGAUGUGGUCAAGGGAAUAGUAUCCUUGUCUGACAUCCUGCAGGCCCUUGUGCUCACAGGAGGAGAGAAGAAGCCCUGAGCUGGGGAGAGUCCGGCAACACCAGGGGAUUUGCCCCCUCACUGCACACCCAAAGCUCUGGAGCCAUCAACAAAAUCUAGAGAGAAUUGUGACUGUUCUCUGCUUGGGAGCCCCUAACUCUACCUGGAGCUGGGGAAAAUGUCAGGGGAGGAAGGAGAAUGGAUUUUUAGUAGUUAUCUUCACACUUGAGAAAAACUUCCAUCCUAGAUUAUCUAGCCCCCGUGCUCCUAAAAAUACCCCUCCUUUUCUGGGUAAGCAUUGGGCUCUGUAGCCUCUCUCAGGCAGACUGAUCUCAGAUCCCCAGAUCUCACCAGCCACUUGCUCUGUCUCUGCCUCUGACUCCAUCCUAAGGUGACAGCACAACAAAACUCUUCAUGAAACAGAAUUCAUAUGUAUGGAGGAGGCUGAGUCUACUUAGGGACAUUUCUUCCAUGGUGGAGUGAGGAGGAAUGUGGGGGAGGGAGGAAUGUGGGCUUCUAUGCUGUAGACAACUGUCUGAAGGGAAAUGGGAAUUAUGUGGAGGAGAACAGAAUAAUUAGCUGAGAUUAUUGCUUUUUAUGACAAACUUAAUUAAAAUGAAGGAACCUCUUCAUGGC